CGUCAGGACGGAUCUCUAUCACGCAAUCUGACUCUGCUUCUGUGGUUUAAACAAAGACCAAGUGUUUUGGGAUAGCAUGGCAAUGGUAGUAAAUCAAUGGCCAGAGAACAUUUCUGCAGAUCCGGGGUCUCAACUCCAGAUAUGCGGCCAGGAGCCCGGCGGGGCACCUGGAACACCAAACGGUUCUACCCCAGGGAACGACGCACUUUCCGGGGACAAGAUCCCCAACGUGGACUGCAUGGUGUGUGGGGACAAGUCCAGUGGGAAGCAUUACGGUCAGUUCACCUGCGAGGGAUGCAAAAGCUUCUUUAAGCGUUCUGUGAGGCGGAACCUCACUUACACCUGCCGGGGGAACCGAGACUGCCCCAUCGACCAGCACCACCGGAACCAGUGUCAGUACUGCCGGCUGAAGAAGUGCCUCAAAGUCGGCAUGAGGAGAGAAG